AUGUCAAUCCAACCACCUCUGACCCUGAACCAAAAGCCUGCCGAGAUAAUCGGCAUCACUGCUACGAAAGAGGAGGACUUCCCACAAUGGUAUCAAGAAGUGGUAGUCAAAGCCGGAAUGGUCGAGUAUUAUACAGAAAUUGCUGGGCUCUUUGUCCUCCGCCCGCUGACUAUGUUCAUUUGGAAUGAGCUACGCAAAUGGUUCCAGAGCCAUCUCGACGAAAUGGACAUUGGCGAAGCAGCAUUCCCUCUGUUUCUGUCGGCCAAGUCACUGGCAAAGGAAAAAGAUCACAUUGAAGGCUUUGCACCAGAACUGGCAUGGAAACUAGACGUUCCCGUAGCUAUUCGUCCGACCUCCGAGGCAAUCAUGUAUCCCUAUUACAGCAAAUGGAUCAGAAGUCACCGAGAUCUUCCAUUGCGACUGAACCAGUGGAACUCUGUUGUGCGUUGGGAAACAAAACAAACGACACCCUUCCUGCGCACCCGCGAAUUUCUCUGGCAAGAAGGUCAUACAGCUCAUCUGACAGAAGAGCAGGCGGGAAUCGAGGUUCUGGAGAUCUUGGAGCUAUAUGCACAGCUCUAUGAAGAUCUUCUGGCGGUGCCCGUUGUCCGUGGUCGAAAGACGGAAAAUGAACGAUUCGCUGGGGGGUACUAUACAAUGACCUUGGAAGGAUACAUCCCAUCCAACGGACGAGGCAUCCAGGGAGCUACAUCGCACUGUCUGGGUCAGAACUUCAGCAAGAUGUUUGACAUCUCUGUUGAAGAUCCGGCCGGCUCGGGGCGACUCUAUGUCUGGCAGAACUCGUGGGCGUUUUCAACACGAGUCAUCGGCGUUAUGGUCAUGAUCCACGGCGACAAUAAGGGACUGGUUCUACCGCCUCGCGUGGCCCAGACCCAGAUCGUGAUGGUGCCCGUCGGCAUCAACAGGAAGACCUCAGCCGAAGAUAAGGACCGUCUGAUGGACCAGCUGUACGAGAUGCGCAAGAUGUUGAAGAAGUUGGGCCUCCGCGUCGAGGUCGACACGCGUGAAGGAUACACUCCAGCGUGGAAGUUCAACGACUGGGAGAUGAAGGGUGUUCCCUUGAGAAUGGAAUUCGGACCAAAAGACGCGAAAAGUCAUGUCGUCAGCUAUGCCGUCAGGCACAACAACGAAAAGGGAACGAUACCUGUUGCCGAGAUUGGGCCCCAGGCGACCAGGCUGCUCGAACAGAUCCAGAAGGGUAUGUACGACAAGGCGAAUCUAGCAUACAGCCAGCAUCGCAAAGUCAUUGGAAAUUGGGACGAGGUUACUCCCGCCUUGGACAGCAAGAAUGUGGUCCUGAUCCCAUUUUGUCUUGAUGGUAAAUGUGAAGAGCGCAUCAAGCAGUUGACGACCAAGGAGGAUGACUUGGGCGACCAGAGAACCGCCUCAAUGGGAAUGAAGAGUCUGUGCAUUCCGUUUGAGCAGCCUAGUGAGAUUGAAGAGGGACGCAAGUGUUUGAACCCAGAAUGUGACAGGUUGGCGCAGAAGUGGACGCUUUUUGGAAGAAGCUACUAA